UUUCAGGGGAAAUCGUGUAUUUCGUGAUAAGUUGUAUGUGGUGGUCUGAAAUUUUACUCGUAAAUCCGAUGAAUUAUUGUGCAAUAGAGAUUUUUAAUUAAUGCUUUAUCAUUUAAAAUCGUCCUCUUGUUAUUCUUCAUUGUCGUAUUGGUAAUUCGCUAAAGUUUCCCGUUGUUCGGACUUUGAUUUGUUCAAAGCUCGAGGAAAUCUGUGUACGACGUCACGCAAUUUUUUUCCAACAACUUAAAAUAUUUACAAAUUAUUUCACGUGAUUUCAACUACAAGUUGAAUACAAUCGAUACCGCAGGUUGUAGUUCAACUUGGUACAUGUUUAAGUUCGUCUUUCGGUUUAUUUGAACAAAUUUAUUGACAAGAGGUAAAAUGGCAGACACAACAUCUAGUCCUACAACUGGUAUAGAAGCUUUGAAACGACAUGCUGUCGAACAUGUAUUGGAUAUGUGCAUGUGGGGCAUACGAGCUGUAUCCAUCAUACUGACGUUCGCUUACUUCAUUCCCAUUAUCGGAAAUCCAUACAAUGCCUACUACAGAGUAUUAUUGGCUAAUGCAGCCAUAAGUGCAAUCCGUCUACAUCAGAGAUUACCUCGUCCAUCAAUCAGUAGAGAUUUCUUUUUGAAAUUAUUUUCCGAAGACAGCUGUCACUAUUUACUUUUUUCGUUGAUCUUCUUCUACGUUACACCAGUAACACUUGUACUUCUACCAGUGUUUUUAUUCUGUUUAAUUCAUUUUGCUAGCUACUCCUUAACUCUGUUGGAUAUUCUCGGUCAAAACUCAUGGUGGGGUGCAAGAUUACUGAUAUCGUUGGUAGAACUCCAAGCUGGAAAUAUCCUGAGAUUAAUCUCGUUCACGGAAAUUUUCCUAAUGCCAUUGGUUGUAAUGUUAUUGUUCUUGGGACGAGCUGGUCUAUUCACACCUUUGGUAUAUUUCCAUUUCAUCACACUGAGGUACAGCUCGCGCAGAAAUCCUCAUAGUCGUAUCAUGUUCCGCGAACUACGACAUGCUUUCGAAUCAUUCGUGAAUAAACCAUCGGUACCGGGUAUCGUCAGAAAUAUCGUAUUAAGCGUUAUCAGCAUUAUUUGUAGAUUAGCUCCGCAAGAAGUAGCCGCCGAAGGUGCACGUGCUCAGUAAAAAGAGAAAAAAUCGCCUAUUUUAAAUAACUUGUAAUCUUUGUGUAUUAUGUUUAAAUAUAUUUUACGUAUAAAUUUUUCUUGGUCUCUCAGCUCGAGUACGCGAUGUCAUUAUACUAUGUUUUUUAAAUCGAACAUAUCGUAAAGAUUUCGUUCGUUGAGAUUUUAACGUAGUAGUUUCAGGUGGUUUUGCAUUUUAAUAAUUAUUUACUUCUGUAUUAUUUCUUUUUUUUUUCUUUGUUUCUUUCUAUUUAACACGCAAUAUACGGUAAGAUUUUAUUUGUACAUGUUUGUAUUGUUUGUACGAUAUAAACUUUUGUGAUACUUCGGUUCA